AAUUUGUCAUCUAUUAUCAAGGUUGAUUUACAAACUGGACUCUCUGAAGUCUCUGUGCUACAGCGCAGGUUAAAACAUGGCUGGAACGAAUUUUCAGUGGAGAAUACAGAGCCGAUAUGGAAGAAAUAUCUAGACCAGUUCAAAAAUCCCCUCAUUCUCCUGUUGCUGGCUUCCGCUUUAGUAAGCAUCAUCACGAAAGAAUACGAGGACGCCGCGAGCAUCGCCAUGGCAGUGCUCAUCGUGGUCACCGUGGCCUUCAUCCAGGAAUAUCGCUCGGAAAAAUCUCUGGAAGAACUUAACAAGCUGGUGCCCCCCGAGUGCAACUGCCUAAGGGAAGGAAAACUGCAGCACCUUCUUGCGCGAGAGCUUGUGCCUGGAGAUAUCAUAUAUCUGUCUGUUGGCGACAGGGUUCCUGCAGACCUCAGGCUGAUAGAGGUUACAGACCUGCUGGUGGAUGAAUCCAGUUUUACUGGAGAAGCUGAGCCUUGCAACAAGACUGACGGUGUAUUACUAGAAGCCGGAGACAUAACCACGCUGAGCAAUGUUGUUUUCAUGGGGACCCUGGUGCGAUACGGGAAGGGAAAAGGCGUAGUUAUUGGGACGGGUGAAAAUUCACAGUUCGGAGAGGUGUUCAAAAUGAUGCAAGCUGAAGAGACUCCCAAAACACCUCUCCAGAAAAGCAUGGACAGACUGGGGAAGCAACUGACUCUUUUCUCCUUUGGCAUAAUCGGUUUAAUAAUGCUCAUUGGCUGGUUACAAGGGAAGCACCUCCUCAGCAUGUUCACAAUUGGAGUUAGCCUGGCCGUGGCUGCCAUCCCAGAGGGACUUCCCAUCGUGGUCACCGUAACGCUGGUGCUGGGCGUUCUCCGGAUGGCCAAGAAAAGGGUGAUUGUGAAGAAGCUGCCCAUAGUGGAAACCUUAGGUUGCUGCAAUGUCAUCUGCUCAGAUAAGACAGGCACCCUGACAGCCAACGAGAUGACGGUGACUCGGCUCGUGACCUCGGAUGGGUUCCAGGCAGAGGUCAGUGGGGUGGGCUACAAUGGAGAAGGAAAUGUUUGUCUUCUGCCAUCAAAGGAAAUUCUUAAAGAAUUUUCCAACAUCUCAGUUGGGAAACUAGUGGAGGCUGGCUGUGUAGUCAAUAAUGCCAUUAUCAGGAAAAAUAGUGUGAUGGGACAGCCCACAGAAGGAGCUCUCAUUGCCCUUGCCAUGAAGAUGGAAUUAGCUGACAUAAAAGAUACUUAUGUAAGAAAGAAGGAAAUUCCGUUUAGCUCUGAACAAAAGUGGAUGGCUGUGAAAUGCACACUGAAAAAUCAGGAUCAGGAAGAUAUUUACUUUAUGAAAGGAGCAUUUGAAGAAGUUAUUCGAUAUUGUACUCUGUAUAACAGCGGUGGCAUCUCCUUAUCGCUUACACCCCAGCAGAAAGCCUUCUACCAGCAGGAAGAAAAAAGAAUGGGUUCCUCGGGUCUACGGGUACUAGCUUUGGCGUCAGGUCCAGAGCUUGGCAAACUAACAUUUUUAGGUCUGGUUGGAAUAAUUGAUCCCCCAAGGGCUGGAGUGAGAGAAGCUGUUCAAGUCCUUUUUGAGUCUGGUGUAUCAGUAAAGAUGAUAACUGGUGAUGCCUUGGAAACUGCUGUGGCUAUAGGACAGAAUAUUGGUCUCUGCAAUGGGAAGCUGAAAGCCAUGUCUGGGGAAGAGCUGGACCAAUUGGCAGAGGCAGAGCUAUCAUCCACUGUCAAAAAUGUUUCCAUUUUCUUCCGAACAAGUCCAAAGCACAAACUAAAAAUCAUAAAGGCUUUGCAGAGGGCUGGUGCUGUUGUGUCAAUGACAGGAGAUGGUGUUAAUGAUGCUGUGGCCCUUAAAUCUGCCGAUAUCGGGAUUGCAAUGGGACAAGCUGGUACAGACGUCAGCAAAGAGGCUGCCAACAUGAUUCUUGUGGAUGAUGACUUCUCAACAGUAAUGAAUGCAAUAGAAGAGGGAAAGGGAAUAUUUUACAACAUAAAAAAUUUUGUCCGGUUCCAGUUGAGCACGAGCAUUUCAGCUUUGAGCCUAAUUACUCUGUCAACAGUGCUUAACCUACCAAAUCCACUCAAUGCUAUGCAGAUCUUAUGGAUCAACAUCAUCAUGGAUGGGCCACCAGCCCAGAGCUUGGGAGUUGAACCUGUUGAUAGGGAUACUAUCAAACAGCCGCCCCGAUGUAUCACAGAUACUAUACUCAGCAAAUCAUUGAUCCUGAAAAUCUUCAUGUCAGCUAUAAUUAUCAUCAGUGGAACCCUCUUUGUCUUCUGGAAGGAGAAUCCAAAAAGUGGCAUAACUCCUCGAACCACGACAAUGACUUUUACCUGUUUCGUGUUUUUUGAUCUCUUCAAUGCCCUGACAUGCCGCUCUCAGACAAAGCUGAUCUUUGAAAUAGGCUUUUUUCGAAACCGCAUGUUCUUGUAUUCUGUGCUUGGGUCAUUUUUGGGACAGCUGGCUGUUAUAUAUGUCCCUCCAUUACAAAAAGUCUUCCAGACAGAGAACUUAAGAGUGGUAGACCUGCUGUUUCUCACUGGACUGGCUUCCUCAGUUUUCAUUGUGUCCGAGUUCAUCAAAUUCUGUGAAAAACGCUGCUGCCGACCGAAGUGCACAAAGGGGUGUCGUAACUGA